AUGUCUUCAAAAUUUUGGGCAGAAUUAUCAAGUGAUUAUGAAAAGCUUUUUGAAACUGAAUUAGGAUACGAUGUUAUUAUUUAUGCAGGGGAUGAACUAAAUAUUAAAGAGAUACAUGCUCAUUCAAGCAUUUUAUGUAUCAGGUCUCAAUAUUUUCGAUCUGCAUUUUCUAAUGAAUGGGCUGAGAAAAAGGACGGAAAAUUUAUUUUAAGAAAACCAAAUAUUUCUCCUCAUUUAUUUAAUAUCAUUCUCAGAUUUAUUUAUUGUGGAAAUAUUGAAUUGAAAAAUUUACAAGGUCCUGAAGUAUUAAAACUUUUGAUAGCAGUUGAUGAACUUAAUAUUCAACAAUUGAUUACUUAUAUUCAAGAAUAUUUAAUUGAACAUCAAACUGAAUUUUUGUAUCAAAAUCCAACUGGUAUUCUUGAAACUGUUUAUCAACAUGAAACAUUUACGGAUUUAUGGGAUUUUUGUCUUGAAAAAAUCUGUGAAGAACCUAAAAUUUUAUUUAAUUCAGAUAAAUUUAUUGAUUUAAAAGCUCCAUUAUUGGAAAUGUUGAUUAAACGGGAUGAUUUAAAUAUGGAAGAAAUUAAGAUUUGGGAAGGUUUAUUAAAAUGGUGUUUUUAUCAACAAAACGUGAUAAAUGAUCCAACGAAAUGGAGUAAAGAAGAUAUUAUAAAAAUUGAAAGGUCAUUACAAAGGUUUAUCCCUUUGAUUAGAUUUUAUGAUAUUAACCCUGCAGAUUUCUUUUAUAAAGUUUAUUGUUAUAAAGAAAUCUUGCCUCAAGAUUUAAUUCAUAAACUUUUAGAAUUUCAUAUAGUUCCUGAUAUGAAACCUAAAACUAAUGUAAUGUCUUCAAGAAGACCAAAACUUGAUUCAACCUUGAUUGAAUCAAAUCAUAUUCCACUAUUUGCUUCAUGGAUUGAUAGAAAAGAUUCUUCCUAUGAUAAAUAUGAUAACCCUUAUGAAUUUAAAUUAUUAUAUAAUUCUGAUAGGGAUGGAUUUAAUGCUUCAUCAUUUCAUAGAAAUUGUGAUAAUAAAGGAGCUACUAUUUGGAUAGCAAAAAUUCAAGGUACAAAACAAUUAGUUGGAGGUUAUAAUCCACUUGAUUGGUGUGGAAGUAAUAUUUGGAAAAACACUACAGAUAGUUUUCUAUUUUAUCUUAAAGAUGAAAAAGAUAUUUCUAAUGCAAAAUUAAGUUAUGUUAAUAAUGCAAAUUAUGCUAUUUAUUGCCAUGAUACUCAAGGACCGCAUAUGGGCGACUUUCUCUGUAGUGGAGCUAAUAAUUGGUAUUUUUAUAGUAUUAAUGUUGGUAUAAUCUAUCCUAAGAUAGAUAUUCCAGAAAACUUUAUGGUUGAGAAUUAUGAAGUAUUCCAAGUAAUUAAAAAAUAGUUAAACCGUUAUAUAUUUAUCCUUUUAGGGGGUCUUUAUAAUAUGAAUAGAAUAUGAUUUAUAAAUUUAUAAAAAGGUUUAUUAUGAAUUAACGCAAAUACUGAUUUUCACUAUUUCUAAGUUUAUCUUUAUUAUCGGAUAAGUUUUUAAUUUAAAUUAUAAUUAGUAUAAUUUUUUUAUAUGAAAUACUAUACGUUAUUUUACAAGGGUUAUAACUACAGUAUAUGGAUAUUUAGUAUAAUAAUAAUAAGAAAAUU